AUGGGCUCGUCGGCGGCCGCGGCGGCUGCGGCUGCGGCGGCGGCGGCCGCGGACUCGGCGCAGUGGCUGUCGGUGAAGGAGGAGACCAUCUUCCUGCACGACGGGCUGAUCCGGGUCACCGAUCUGGCCGAGCUGCCCAGCGAGAUCCUCGGCGCACCGGAGGCCGCCGACACCGACCUGGAGAUUUUAACAUUUGAGACCAAGAAUCCAACAGAGUUAGCAGAACGUUUGCGCUCUGUUUGUGGGAAUCAGAGCAAUGCCUAUGCCCGCCUGCUGGAAUACCGCCUGAAUGCCUUGCGAGGACUGUGGAAUGCCCAGCGCCAGCUGGCCCUAGAAGAGCAGCAUGAAAGGGAGAGCUCUGGGGAUGAAGAGACUUUGGCCCUGCUCAAGCGCCAGGGCUUGCUGCAGCAACCCGAGCAAGCGCCCUUCACAUCGCGCAUGGGGCUCCUGCUGGUCUUUCCCCUUAUUCAGUCCCAGAGUAGAACAGACCCCUCUCUCUGUAACAUAACUGCUGAGGUGCUAUUGAACUGCCUGCGUGACUGCCAGCCUUUGAGCUUGACCAAGGAGCCUGCUGACUGUCUCAACGGAAUUGAAACUUUGUUGUGCUCUUGGCUAGAGGAGACUUCUAACACGGGCAGACAUAUCCCACACAAGCAAAAAGAAAAUGCUGCUGCUGCCCUGGUGGCUUUGGCAUGUGCCAGGGGAUCAUUGAAAACUUUUGUCCACACAGUCCAUCUGUUACAGAAGCAGACUGAGCUAGGGUCCCUGCCUGUCGCUGAUGUACUGUAUAGGCUGCUGCUUUUGGAAGGGGGACCUGGAUCCCCCUCCUGUUUGCUUGGGGGCAAACACAUAGUAUCGUGGGGGUAUGAAGACAUGUUGCCUGCACCAGAUAGCAAUACUGGCUCCAGUUCUGAAAAUAAAGAUGCUGACUUGGGACGCUGUCUCACCACAGACGGGCUUUACCUCUACACUACCAACUCCGUUGGGAGAGGAGUAAGCAAACUGGGCUCUGGAUUACAUGGUACUCUCAGGGGGUUCGUGUACUGCCGCAAUGAGGAGUUGGAACCAGGAUGGGUAGCUUUUGGCAGUGGCAGUCUCCUCCAUCGGCCUGUGUCUUUUGACAGUAAGCCUCACUUCCUUUUCCAAGUCUUAGACCAGAAUACCCUUCAGGUGUGCCAGACAGUGCCCAUGCCAGCCAGUCCCCUCCCAGCUGGUAGCACCAUGAGCACUGUGCACCUCUCUUCAGAUGGCACAUACUUCUACUGGAUCUGGUCUCCUGCUAGUCUGAAUGAGAAAACUCCAAAGGGACAUUCUGUCUUCAUGGACACUUUUGAACUUCUGGUUGAAAAUGGGGUAUUUAUAGCCAAUCCUCUUCAGGAACGUACAAUUCUAAUGAGAAAAGAGGGCGAGUCUGCCAAAAGCAUUAAUGAGAUGCUUCUGAGUAGACUUUCUCGGUACAGAGCUUCCCCCUCAGCGACACUGGCAGCCCUGACUGGCUCCACCAUCUCCAAUACAUUGAAAGAGGACCAAGCAGCAAAUACUAGCUGUGGACUGCCUCUGAAAAUGCUACGGAAGACCCCCAUCUAUACCUGUGGCACAUACUUGGUGAUGCUGGUCCCCCCUCCAGGGGGUUCAGGCAGUUCUGCUACACGGUCUCUUUUUGGUGGAACAAGUGGUUUGUCAUCUUUAAAAAUCCUGGCCUCCAGCUUGGUGUACAGUAUUUCGGAUGGUCAGUUUACAAGUCGUGCAGAUCUCAUCGAUGCUGCUGGAAGCUCACUGGGGCGUGGUGCUCUUGUACCAGGAUUGGGCGCCUGCUAUGAUACGGUGAACAACAUGCUCUGGACAUGCUCAAAUGACUAUAUUGAUCAGUGGUGUAAUCCAGGGAACCAAGCCUUCCACUAUGUGUGCCAGAGACUGGGAGUCAGCCACAUCAUCACUGAACCCAAAGAAGAGGCCAUAAGCACCAAUGAGGUUAUAAACCAGCUGUUGCACCAUGUUGGUGCAAUGUGCAUUCACCAGCUCAAUCUCCUGGCCACCAACCCCAACCUUCCCAUCACAAGCAUCCUGGGCAAGCAGCAUCCAAUUGAAGCACACCAUCUGAGCAGCAUUUGUGACAUCAUGGAGAAGGCCAUGGUGAAUGGAGACACCUGCAUCAUACGUUGCAUUCUUGUUGUCUUUCAGGUGGUGUUUAAAUUUUUCUUCAGCCCACAAACUGAAAGGAACCGAGACAUCAUUAGACGGUCGGGAUUGCUUCUUUGGCAAUUAUUAAUGGCACCAAAAGAUCAAAUCUGCCCUGAAAUCCAAAAGGAAGUCUGCCUUGCCAUCAGCUCUGGUUUAAAUAUCUUGUACCCAGGUGAAACUGAAAUUAAUAACCUCCUUAAGCUGGUCUUAACAGAAGGAGAGAGGAACAGCGGACUGUCCCAGCUGCGAGAUGUGAUCCUAACCAGCUUAGCUGAGCAGCUUCAGAACAACCGAUUCGGCAGUGAUGAGGAGGAUCAUUACAGACUAAAUGAUGAACUCCUACACUACAUUCUGAAGAUUGUUGUACGGGAAUCUUGCAUCUUAAUCACCAAGUGCCAAACUGUCUCUAAAGAUGAUUUUCAAAAGCUCCUUUCAACUGUGCCUGCUGCAUCCUCCUGCCUGCGCUAUCUGAUGGCAGUUCAGAAUCACCUUCUCAGUAACACUAUUUUGAUUAAACCUGAUGAGAAUGAUGACAGUGACAACUCCUUGCAGGGAGAGACAUUGAAGGUACAGGAGCUAAAGGUCAGUAUUUUGGCUCUUGCCACGCAAAUCCUGACUGGAUGUGAUGAAGUGCUAGAAAUGCUCCAGCAGGUCACUACUGCCCUCAUAAACAGUGACAUAGCAGACCGGGAACAAAGGUUAAAGGGCUUGGAACAAGUUACCAAGGCCACUAUGCUUGGUCACCUCCUCCCUGUGUUGCUGACCUCCUUGAUGCACCCCAAUCUACAGACCCUGACCAUGGCCGAUGCCCUGAUGCCUCAGCUAGUGCAGCUGGUGCUCUACACUAGCCAGACGGCUUUGUUGCUUAAAACCCAGUGUCCGGUUUUUGCCGAGGUGGGCUGUUCCCCAUGUGGCACAUCUGACCAGAAGUGCAGGCUAUUUGCUGACGAGAGAAUGCUGGAAGAGAAGGAAGAGCCAGGCUUUCUUACUGGUUUAAAGAUUCCUGCCCCAUGGGCUGCUGGGAAGACUGUGGAAACAGUACACCCCGUCAGAGACAACUAUAAGUUUAAAGAGACUGUCCAUAUCCCAGGAGCUCGCUGCCUGUAUCUGAGAUUUGACAGCAGGUGCUCAUCACAGUACGAUUAUGACAAAUUGGUGAUAUAUGCGGGGCCUAACACAAACAGUAGAAAAGUUGCUGAAUAUGGAGGCAAUACUCUGGGAUAUGGCAGCCGUAGUGUCUUAGGAACUGGUUGGCCGAAGGAUUUGGUGAAGGUGGAAGGCGAUACAGUCACCUUCUCCUUUGAAAUGAGAAGUGGCCGUGAACACAACACUCCUGACAAAGCUAUGUGGGGCUUUGCUUGCACAGUCCGCGCUCAGGAGUCAUCGGAGGAUGUCUCAGGAGGCUUGCCCUUCCUGGUAGACCUAGCCUUAGGUCUGUCUGUGUUAGCUUGUUCCAUGUUACGAAUCCUGUACAAUGGACCAGAAAUUACCAAAGAAGAGGAAGCCUGUCAGGAGCUUUUGCGGUCCAAACUUUUACAAAGGUGCCAGUGGCAGGUGGAGGCCAAUGGUGUCAUCUCCCCUGCCCUUACUCCAAGUCCCUCUCCACUGCCUCUGACCAUAGAGGAAGACAGAGAAUUCACCUACCCAUCAGAUGUCCUCGUGCCUCCUGUUGGGAACUACUUUGACCUUCCUCGAAUUAGGCUGCCUCCAGGAAUCAUGAUAAAGCUCAGGGAAAUUUCUGGGCGUGCUAGACCUCAAUUUAGACCAAGUAUAAAAGAAGUGAUCCAGCCAGACGUGAUGGAGGAAAUGGUGGUGUCAUGCGUUAUUAAACACUUGAAUCUGGUUGAUGCGCUACAGUCCCUCAUCAAUUUCCAAUACCAAGAAGAACAUGCUGAGGAAUAUGAUUUAUUGUGUAAAAUUAUGGGAGAGACCUUUAAGAAACUCAAUGCCAUGGAGAGACAGCUGCAGAGUGUUGCGGAACUAGAACAGAAGUGGCAAAGUGAAGUUGAAGAUGCUAUGCAGGGGAAGCUGGAGAACAAUGUGCCUUUCUUUUAUGAUUACCAUUUCAACGAGAACAAAAUGAAAGAACUAGAACUUUUGUGUUCAAUGAAGGAAGUCUCCUUUGAUGGAAAUGAUCUUGAAAACAUGGUUCUAUCACUGAGGGAGAAGUUCCUGCAAGAAGUGAAUUCUCUAACUCAGAAACCCUCGCAUCCACUGGCCAAAACGAAGACACUGGUGAAGAGUCUAAUGAACCGAGCAGAGCUGCUGCUUCAUGUCACCAUUGCAGCCCAGUCAGGCCUCACCAGGAGCAUCUCAGGGACCCCAGCCGAGACACCCGCUUGCAAGUCAGCCUCUGAAACAAAGGUGAUCUCUCAUGCUAUCCGGCAGCCAGUUUUUCUUCGCAGCAUGUCUGCUCCCUCUGACCUGGAAAUGAUUGGUAAUGAAGAUUUGGAAUUUACUAGAGCAAAUCAAAGGCGACGUCAUGUGACCAGCCACCGCAGCAGUUCCUUCACACUCCUGCAGUCAUUGGCCAUCGAGGACAGCAGGGACAAGCCCACCUACAGUGUCCUGCUGGGGCAGCUGUUUGCUUUCAUUGGCACCAAUCCUGACCAAGCAGUGUCCAGCAGCAGCUUCCUCUUGGCUGCCCAGACAAGGUGGCGGCGGGGAAACACUCGCAAACAGGCCCUGGUGCACAUGCGGGAGUUGCUGACGGCCGCCGUGCGAGUCGGAGGAGUGACACACCUGGUGGGGCCCGUGACCAUGGUUCUUCAGGGAGGACCCAGAAUUGAAGAGCUCACCUGUGGUGGGAUGGUUGAGCAAGUCCAAGAAGCCUUCGGGGAAACCAUGACCUCCGUUGUAUCUUUGUGUGCUCGUUACCCUAUUGCUUGUGCAAACAGCAUUGGACUCUUGUGUACCAUACCUUAUACCAGGAGUGAAGAGAAGUGCCUGGUCCGCAGUGGUCUGGUGCAGCUCAUGGACCGAUUGUGUAGCUUGAGCAGUCAAACUGAGUCCAGCUCCAGCGAGAAGCAGACCAAGAAGCAGAAGGUAGCCACCAUGGCCUGGGCCGCCUUCCAGGUGCUGGCUAACCGCUGUGUGGAGUGGGAGAAAGAGGAAGGUGGCUCCACAGAGGCUGUGCACUCAGGGCUGGCCCGUCAGGUGUCCAGCCUCCUCACCAACCAUCUUGCCCGAGCCACUGAGUGCUGUGGCAAUCAGGCUGCUGGGAAUGAUGCCCUUCAGGAUGUCCUGAGUCUUCUCAAUGACCUCUCCAGGAGCCACAUAGGGAAAGCUAUCCUGAGCCAGCCUGCAUGUGUGUCCAAGCUCCUCUCCCUGCUGCUUGACCAGCGCCCGUCCCCAAAGCUGGUUUUGAUUAUUCUUCAGCUGUGCCGAGCUGCACUGCCGCUGAUGAGUGUGGAGGACUGUGGGAACGUGGAGCUCCCACCCUGGAGCUACUCUGUCCCUUCGCUGAACAGUGAGCAGGAGGAUCCUAGUGACCCAGCCUCCAAGAUUGCCUCCUUGCUCUUAGCCAAGCUGGCAGAUUAUGUGGUCCCAGGAUGUCAGACAGUUCUUUCUCCAACUGCUUCUGAACCCGACACUACGUUGGCAAAAACCAGUCCUAAGAAUUCCUUAAAAGGAGAUAAAGACCCUGGAGAAGAGAGUGAAGCAGUGGAUGGCAAACUCUCCAUAUUUAUCCAUAAGCGGGAAGACCAGUCCUCCCAUGAGGUCCUCCAGCCAUUACUGAGUAGCUCAGAAGGACGACCCUUCCGACUUGGUACUGGUGCGAAUAUGGAGAAAGUUGUAAAGAUGGAUCGAGAUAUGACCAAGGGUGGCUGUUGUGAAGUGAUCACAGAAGAGGCUGCAGCUGCCCUCCGGAAAGCCACCAAGUGGGCACAGUCAGGUCUUAUUGUCAGCGUUGGACCACCAGUGGAAUCUGUUAACCCAGAGACUGUGAGUGGGCUAUCCACGGGUGAUAAAAAGAAAACUGCCCAAACCUCCAUCUGCCGAGAGAGGAACUCCGAACUGGCCAGGACAGAUCCUGUCAGACCCUUCAUCAGUGGGCAUGUGGCAAACAGCAUGGCUGCAGAAGUGAUCGCCUUGCUUCAUAGCCUGCUAAUGGCUCCUGAAUCUAAUGCUGCUCAGAUAUGGACCACAACAGCAGAAAAGGUUCUGUCUCGCGCAUUGAUGUACAUUCCGCAGUUGGGGAAAUAUGCUGAAAGCAUCCUGGAAAAUGGCAGCAGCAGUGGCAGAAAACUUGCCAAACUCCAGAGGAUCGCACGCCAGGCUGUUGCGGCACUGUGUGCACUUGGAGGCUUUAAAGAGACGAUCAAGAUCGGGUCUGAGGUUCAGGUUUUAGGUAGAGGAAUAUCAGGAAGCAUUGGAGUUGUGGCUUCUAUCAAUGAACAGGAAGGUAUAGCUACAGUCAGAUUCCCACCUAUAGACUGUCGAAAGACUUCACAAGCAUCGGACACGUUGACUAUUCCACUGUGUAGACUUUGUGUUCCAAGAUCAGAGGCACUGCCUCUUCAUAAGCUGUCCAUUACUGAGAAGGUAGUACAGGCAGUCCAGUCCAUGCUGCUCCCUCAGGAGGGAAGUCUCUCUAUUCACACCUCACUUCCUGCAACAGGAGAUGGGUCAGCACCUGUGAUGGCAGUCGUCCGGCUUCUGGCUGAAAUAAGAACGAGAGCAUGCCUGGUCAUGGCCCAGCUUUUAGAAGACAGCCUGUUUUGUGAAGAAUUCAUACAGCAGUGCCCAGCAGCUGUGGAAGUUCUUAACCUUGUAGCCCAGGAGUGCAGUGCAGGAGAGCGACUAGCAGUGGUGGAGGUGCAGUGUGAGCGGCUGAGGAUGCUCUACCGUGACUGUGCUCGGCCCCCGCCACCACCUCUGCAGGCUGAUCGGAGACAGCCCAAAGAGAUCACCUGGAGCCCUUCUCGAGUGUUCCCUCCAGUGCGUGCCUGCAUGUUCUCAUCCCACCUGACCUCCGUCACCUUCCUGGCUGACCCCAGCGCUGGUGGAGGUCUGCCCCGAGGCACUUUCAUCUAUGCUACCUCCUCUCUACCAGUUCAGGCCCCAUCAUUUUACUGGGAAAUUGAAAUCGUUUCCUAUGGAGAUACUGAUGAUGACACUGGACCAAUUGUUUCCUUUGGCUUUGCUACAGAAGCAGAGAAACGUGAUGGGGCAUGGACCAAUCCAGUGGGCACUUGUCUGUUCCACAACAAUGGCCGAGCUGUGCACUACAAUGGCUCCAGUCUGCUGCAGUGGAAGAGUGUCCGCUUAGAUGUUACUCUCUCUCCUGGUGAUGUGGCAGGAAUUGGCUGGGAGAGGACUGAGGGGACUCCACCUCCUCCUGGACAGCCAGCCAAGGGCCGAGUGUACUUCACAUACUGUGGACAGCGCCUCACACCAUACCUUGAAGAUGUCUCUGGUGGGAUGUGGCCUGUGGUUCACAUUCAGAAAAAGAACACGAAAACUCGGGCCAACUUUGGCUCCCGCCCCUUUGCUUAUGCCGAAGGGCAGGCCCACCGCAAUGCUGCUGACCUGUGCACUGAUCUGGCAGAGGAGAUCAGUGCUAACUUUGAAGCCCUGCCAUUUGCCAUGGCAUCUGACAGUGACAACGAUGCUGGUACCAGUAUUGCAUCAGACCCUGGCACUCAUGGGCCACCAUGCCGGAUUGCUGCUGUGGCAACUGCCCAACAACAAUAUGAUAGUGACACCUCCUGCCAUUAUAAAGUUGAGCUCAGCUAUGAGAAUUUCAUCACCUCUGGGCCAGAUCCCCACCCACCUCCCAUCGCAGAUGAUGAGAGUGAUGAUGAUGAUGAUGAUGACAUCCCACAGGAGGACCACUAUGCCUUGCUGGUGAAAGCAUGGGAGACCAAAGUUUUCCCUACCAUCCGGAGACGCUUCCGCAAUGAAGCCGAGCGGAAAUCGGGCCUGGACCAGAUCAAGGGUGCUUUACAGCUAGGCAUGGUGGACAUCGCCCGUCAGACAGUUGAAUUUCUCUACGAGGAGAAUGGUGGCAUCCCAAGAGACCUUUAUCUUCCUACGAUUGAGGACAUUAAAGACGAAGCAAACAAGUUCACAAUUGACAAAGUUCGAAAAGGUCUCACAGUAGUAACCCGUUCUCCAGACAGCAAUAAUGUAGCCAGCAGUACUGUUGGAACUGCCCUGCCAAAAUUUGCCAUCAGGGGGAUGCUGAAAACCUUUGGCCUUCACGGAGUUGUCCUGGAUGUUGACUCAGUGAAUGAACUGGUGCAGGUAGAAACGUACCUCCGGAGUGAAGGAGUGCUGGUGCGAUACUGGUACCCCAUCGAUAUGUUGGAAAGGCCCCCUGCAGGCUACCGAAGGACUGCCACUAAUGGGCUGGUCACACUGGAUAAUACCAACCUUCAAAUUCACAGAGAACUGCUGCGUUGCGAGGCAGCACUAGCCAGGCUGUACUGUCGCAUGGCCCUGCUCAACAUCUUUGCUCCUAAGCUGCCUCACCUGUUCACCCGCCUCUUCCACAUUCCUGCCAUCCGUGACAUUACCUUGGAGCACCUGCAGCUCCUGUCCAACCAGCUCCUUGCUCCUCCCCUCCCAGACGGGACCAUCAGCUCCAGCUCCAUCCUCCUGGCGCAGUCUCUGCAGCACUGCAUCCACUCCCAGAACUGCUCUGCCACAGACCUCUUCUAUCAAGGCAACUCCCAGAUGGUGCGAGAGUGGCUUGACGUGGCCAUCACACGCACCCUUCACCAAGGCGAGGAGAGCCUUCUGGAGCUGACGAAGCAGAUCUGCUCCUUCUUGCAGACAGCACCAGAGCAGUUCCCCUCUGAAGAGUUCCCAAUCUCAGAGUCCAAAGUCAAUAUGGAUGUCAAUUUCCCUGGAGCGGCUUUUGUUGUUGUGUCUUGCAAGGAAAGUCAGUCUGGAUUCCGCAAAGACUCCUCCCUGUACAAGGCACCUUGGGCACGAGUGCUUGUGUAUGGCCUUGGGCAUAAAGUGAAGCGAACCGGCCAGCUGAACCUCAUCGAAGCUGCCUGCUACCCACGGGACGCAUCCCCCGCCAACACUGGUCUAGCCCCUCCACCCACCGCUGACCAGUACCCUUCUGCAGUUCUCUCCACUGACAGAGUCCACAUCAAACUAGGAGUGUCUCCACCUCCCGGAGCUGUGCUGGUGCUACAUUCUCUGCCCUUGGAGUUCCCACUGGCUAUGGCCUUUGCAGAGCAGCUGCUGUCCUGGAAAUCAGAGGACAGUGAAGGGAAGUCAGAGGAUGAGCCUGACUCCGUCCCCACAUCGGUCCUUCUGCAUGUAGUGGAGCUGCUAGGAAACUUCCUAUGGACCACGGACAUGGCGGCCUGUGUGAAGGAGCUGGUCUUCCAUCUCCUGGCUGAACUCCUGCGUACAGUGCAUACCCUGGAGCAGCGAAAGCACCCAGCCGGCCUCACCUCCUCCAUUGCCCUCCAGCUCAACCCCUGCCUGGCCAUGCUGAUGGCCUUGCAGUCGGAGCUGCACAAGCUGUAUGAUGAGGAAACCCAGGGUUGGGUCUCAGGCAGCACCUGCGGGGCCCCUGGGACAGCAGCUGUGGGAGACCAGGGCAGGUUUUCCACCUACUUCCACGCACUUAUGGAAGGAUGCUUGGCAGUUGCCGAAGUGACCCUGCCUACCAAUAUGAGUGUCACAGCCAGUGGGGUGACCUCAACAACUGCCCCAAACCUCAGUGACUCAUCCUCAUCAUCCUCAUCCUCCCCAGGACAGACACCACAGAGCCCCAGCCUCCUGUCCAAAAGGAAGAAGGUCAAGAUGAAGCGGGAAAAGGCGUCCUCCUCCGGUAAACGCCAGUCCUCCCGCGCCGUGGACUCAGACUCCACUGUCCUCAGCAUUGGGGGCAGCAAGCCCGAGGACAUGCUAUGGUUCCAUCGCGCCCUUACACUGCUCAUCAUUCUCCGGCACCUCACCAGGAAGGAUCCACAGGGUGUCGGUGUAACCAGUGAUGCCAUUGCUGAUGCCUGUCAGGCCCUGGUGGGUCCCACUGCCCAUAGCCGACUGCUAGUGAUCUCAGGCAUCCCUACCCACCUGGAUGAGGCCAUUGUCAGAGGUGCUAUCCGCAAGGCCUGCAAUGCCCAUGGUGGGGUCUUCAAAGAUGAGAUCUAUAUCCCACUACAGGAGGAAGACCCCAAGAAGCCAAAAGACAAGGCUGAGGGUGGCGAUGGCAAGGCCGAGCCAGAGAAGAUACCGGGCUUCCCUAGCGUGGAUAGCUUGGAGGGGAGCACGUCUAGCAGCCUGGCUCCUGCCAUGAGCAUCAGCGCCUCAGCUUCCACCAGCCAGGCCUCAGUCUGCAGUUCCCAGGGCGUCUCACAGACUGUCAGCGACCUCUCCGUGGACCCUGUGCCCUCAGGCCUAGAACUGCCUGUCCCUCCUGGACUGCUAGAGCCCCAUGUGGUGUCCAGCCAGGAGAGCCUGGACAUUUCCUUGUGCAGCACUGGUAGCCUGGGCAGCCUGGGCAGCCUGGGGGAACCCCUGGAUAAUGCAGAGACAGCUUCUGUGUCAGAAGUGGGCUCCAUGUAUACAGUCACGUCCCUGGACACGCAGCCCCUCACAGCACGCCCCAUCAAAGGCUUUGCAGUGGUGGAGAUAAGAUCCCGAGCCAAAAUUGAGAAAAUUCGUGCAAGUUUAUUCAACAACAAUGAUUUGAUUGGUUUAUCAAGUCUGGAUGGUGAAGAUGAGUUGAUGGAAAUGUCAACAGAGGAGAUUCUGACCGUGUCUGUGGUAAAUCAGAGUCUGUUUGACACUCAAGGGAGUCCAGGGCUAGAAGAUUACUUUAAUGACAAGUCCAUUAAAGGAGAGAAGCUGGUACCAGGAGCCAGAGAGGUCCUGACAGAAAUCUUUAAGAGUUGUGCCCAUUCAGAGCAGACACUGAGCCUGACCCCAGCAAAGCCCAUCAGGGUCUCUGACAUAUACCUCAGCAAAGAGCAGAUCAACUCCCAGACCCCAGGCAACCUCCUGCACCUCUUCUUCACCAAUGUCCGUCCUCCCAAGAAAGUGCUGGAGGACCAGCUCACACAGAUCCUGAGGAAGUAUGGCGUGCCGAAGCCCAAGUUGGACAAGAGCAAGUACAGCAAAGCCGGGAAAGAGCAGCACCCUGUGAAGGUGGUGAGCACCAAGCGGCCCAUCUCCAAGCCGCCUGCCAAGGACAAGAGCGUGCUCAACAGCGUCAGCAGGACUGCCCUAAGUGAGAAGAAGGCAACCGUGAAGCCCAAGUCACCUGAAAAGAGCAAGCCAGACGAAAAAGACCCGGAGAAAUCACCCACCAAAAAGCAAGAAGUCCCUGAGGAAAAGUACUUGACCUUGGAAGGAUUUCACAAAUUCGUUAUCGACCGAGCCAAGCAAGACAUCCGUAGCGUGUGGAGGGCAAUUUUAUCCUGUGGUUAUGACCUUCAUUUUGAGAGGUGUGCCUGCAUUGAUGUCCGACAUGCACAGAAGGCUUCAAGGAAGUGGACCCUGGAGAUGGACGUGGCGCUUGUGCAGUACAUCAACCGACUGUGCCGCCACCUUGCUAUCACGCCAGCACGGCUCCACCCCCACGAGGUCUAUCUGGACCCUGCAGAUGCCACUGACCCCAGAGUGGCCUGUCUCUUAAAUGUGCCUAUUGAGAGCCUUCGCCUGCGUUUUGCACUGCUCCAGUCCCUUAACACGACGCUGGAGACUUUCUUUCUGCCCCUGGUGGAGCUGCGCCAGACACCCAUGUACACCCACAGCAUCGCGGCCCUGCUGAAGGAGGCGAAAGGGCUGAUCUUCUAUGACACAAAGGUGACUGUGAUGAAUCGGGUGCUGAAUGCCACUGUGCAGAGGACAGCUGACCAUGCAGCACCUGAGAUCACCUUGGACCCACUAGAGAUUGUAGGAGGGGAAAUCCGAGCUUCUGAAAACUCCUACUUCUGCCAAGCUGCCAGGCAGCUGGCCUCCGUGCCGUCCUCUCAGCUCUGUGUCAAGCUGGCCAGUGGCGGUGACCCCACUUAUGCCUUCAAUAUCCGCUUCACCGGGGAGGAGGUCCACGGCACCAGUGGCUCUUUCCGCCAUUUCCUGUGGCAGGUGUGCAAGGAGCUACAGAGCUCCUCGCUGUCGCUGCUCCUGCUGUGCCCCAGCUCUGCUGUCAACAAGAAUAAGGGCAAAUACAUCUUGACACCAAGUCCUAUCACCUACGGGGAAGAACAGUUGCUACACUUCCUGGGCCAGCUGCUAGGGAUCGCCAUCCGUGCAGAUGUACCUCUGCCCCUGGACCUGCUGCCCUCCUUCUGGAAGACACUGGUGGGCGAACCUCUUGACCCCGACCAGGACCUGCAGGAAGCAGACAUCCUUACCUACAAUUAUGUCAAGAAAUUUGAAAGCAUCAACGAUGAGACGGAGCUGGAGGCCCUGUGCGCUGAGAUUGCUUCCCAGCACCUGGCCACGGAGAGCCCUGAUGGCCCCAAGCCCUCCUGCCGGUUCACCUACCUGACCAUGACAGGAGAGGAGGCAGAACUAUGCAGCCGUGGCCGGCACAUCCCUGUGGCGUGGGAGAACAAGGACAUCUAUGCAGCCGCCAUCCGGAACCUGCGGCUGCGUGAGCUGCAGAAUGUGGAGUGUGUGACAGCCGUGCGCGCUGGCCUGGGUUCUAUCAUCCCCCUGCAGCUGCUUACCACGCUCAGCCCACUGGAGAUGGAGCUGCGUACCUGUGGCCUCCCAUACAUCAACCUGGAAUUCCUGAAGGCUCACACCAUGUACCAGGUGGGGCUGAUGGAAACAGACCAGCACAUCGAGCUCUUCUGGGGGGCUCUGGAGACAUUCAGCCAGGAGGAGCUGUGCAAGUUCAUCAAGUUUGCCUGCAAUCAGGAGCGUAUCCCUUUUACCUGCCCCUGCAAAGAUGGGGGCCCCGACACAGCCCAUGUCCCUCCAUACCCCAUGAAGAUCGCUCCACCAGAUGGCACAGCAGGUCCCCCUGACUCUCGCUAUAUCCGCGUGGAGACCUGCAUGUUCAUGAUCAAGCUUCCCCAGUACUCCUCCCUGGAGGUCAUGCUGGACAAACUGCGCUGCGCUAUUCACUACCGCGAAGAUCCCCUAAGUGGCUGAGGGGAGAGAGCCAGGAAUUAGGCUGUCACCAAGGCACCAUUCUGCCAGCUUGGGAAGCCUGCCAUUGCAGGCACAUGCCUCCAGGGCCCUGCGUGAGGAGUUGGCGACAUUUUGCUUUUCUGAACUUUUGUCCAUGUUCCAGUCCUCCUGGAAGACAUAACCUUUUGUAUUUGUCCGUUUUGUGAUGGGUUGGUUCUUUUGCUGCCUGUUUGUGGUAAUACUUGUAGGAUAGUUUAGUUCCCAGUCUUUUGUCCAAUUUGAUUUUCCUGGACACUGCCCCUCGUGGCAACCAGAUUCUGAUGCCACAAGGCUCCAGUUGAUUCCUCAUCACAGAACUACCGAGCAGGAAGCUAAGGGACAGAUGACCUCAGCUACAUAAAGCGCCCUGUUCUUUGUGCUGAGCAUCUCCACAAACACAUGUGGCCAACCCUGCCCUCCUGCCUUGAGCUGGUGUCUGUCCCAGUGGCAGCUCUGCAGGCCUCCCUCCUUCCAUCUUGAAAUGGUUCAGUCGGUGCCCAAACAUACAAGAGACUUUUGUCUCUACGUGUUAAUCUUUCUGCUUUAUAAUGUGUUCCUUGCCUUGAUUUUUCUGAGGAAACGCCUACAGUGAUUCCCUUGUGCCCUCCCACCCGGACAGUCCUAUCUACCACAUGUCUCUUCUGGUCUCUGGGCUGACAAUUUCCCCUAAGAACUCCUCAGGAGUGGAGACCCAGGGGUCACUCCAGGCCUUAGUUCUAGAGACAGGCUGGCUUACACCAGGGCUGGAGGGAUAGUGCUUAAGAGGGACUUUCCACAGCUGACUGAACAGGAAAGCACAUGAUUCGAGCCUACCCCACUUCAAUGCUCAGAAAUGGUCCUUCUUCACCACAGGGUGGGAGGAACAGGUUAUAAUCCCAUUUUCUAAAGACUGAGGUGCUGUGUCCAAUCCAGGGUCUGCUUCAGUGACUCAGACCUUCAAGUCCAGGUGGAAAUUCUAGGGCCUCCCUCUGUUCUCUGGCUGACCUUCCCAACACUCCUUGUACUCCAAGUAAGUGUGUGUGCCGGGGCUGAGCUGCCUAAUGGCUCUCCCACUGCCCUAGUGCAUUUGUACCCCAAACAGGUGUUUGUUCAUUGGUACUUUGUUCAGGAGCAGCACAUGCCACCUUGUUGGACAGUCAUUCUGGCUCUUCGAAGUUCUCGAGAAUAGCAGCGCUGCAGCUGUUGUAUGAUAUGGUGCACGUGGAAAUCCUUCCUGAGUGCUGCUGUCUUAAAGGCUAUGGCAUGUGAUGCUGUUUGAGAAGGUGGUAUGUGUGCCUCCUUUCUCUGCAGUGGCCCGGUCUGCUGGAAGAUGUGUGAGCUUUAGAAUAGUGCUUUCAGCAUCCACCUACUCACUAUUAUGCUUAAGAAAUGCAUUAAGGACCACUGCAGACAAGAUCCCCGGCCUGAGGAUGAGAUAAAACUCCAGCUCAGUACUGACAGCUGUGUCGGUCACUGAGCAGCAGGACUCACCCAGGAGGUGAGUGCGCCAAGUGUUCCCUGCUCUGAAAGCAGAUGGCACCACUCCCUCUGGAGGCCACAGCCCCUGUGGGGGGGUGGGGGCAUCACAUCAGGAAUGUUCUCCUGACCACAAGGAUCCUCAUUCCAUUUCUGCAUAAUGAAGGAACCUUUGAAUUCACUAGACGUGGGUUUUCCUCCCUGUAUCUUUAAAUUCUUGGUUCCCUCCAACCCUUCUCCCUUGAAUGGACUUGGGAGCCUGUCAGCUACCUCCCCAAGAGGGGUUCUGGAAGCUUCUGUUGGCCUAUCAGUUGGUUAGAUGACAGCUGUGAGAUAAUCUGCUGCUAACUCUGUUGCUUCUCCUACAGAGCACUGAGUCCAGACAGAUCCAAACUCGGCCCUAAACAAUGUGUGCUGUAAAGUUACUUGAUGUAUAUUUAUUAUAAUUAUUUAUGAUUGCAUUAACAGACUUUUCAUUCAAUCUGAUGCUAUUUACACUAUGCCGUGUAAAGGAAGCUCACUACAGAAAACAAGUCACACGAAUAAAUAACCUUCGUCUAAUUCUGAUUUACCUUAGAGUGUGUGAUCAUCUACUCUUGCUGAGCAAGCUCAAAGGCUGACACUGCUUGGCAGGCUCUGGUACUUAAGUGCCGCCAAGUGGCUAGGAAUUAAAAGUGUUUAUAAUCA